UGCAGGCCUCGCAGCGAGAGAGGGGGAGAGCAAAGACCCCAGUCCACAGCCUCGGCAUCGGCCUCCGCCCCGCUCCAGCGGAGGAGUGGGAGAUCCUGUUCAGAGGGGCUGGUAUCUCUAAAUAUGCCCCAGGAUGACGGAGCGGCCGCCAAGCGAGGCGGCUCGCAGUGACCCCCCGCUAGAGGGACGGGACGCGGCCGAUGCCCGCAUGGCCCCCCCGCACCUGGUCCUGCUGAACGGCGUCGCCAAGGAGACAAGCCGCGCGGCCCCCGCGGAGCCCCCAGUCAUCGAGCUGGGCGCGCGCGGCGGCCCGGGGGGCGGCCCCGCCGGUGGGGGCGGCGCCGCCAGAGACUUAAAGGGCCGCGACGCAGCGGCGGCCGAAGCGCGCCAUCGGGUGCCCACCACAGAGCUGUGCAGACCUCCCGGGCCCGCCCCUGCCCCCGCACCCGCCUCGGCCCCCGCGGAGCUGCCCAGCGACAGCCGCAUGGUGCAGCUGAGCCCGCCCGCGCUGGCGGCCCCCGCCGCCCCCGGCCGCGCGCUGCUCUACAGCCUCAGCCAGCCGCUGGCCUCGCUCGGCAGUGGGUUCUUUGGGGAGCCUGAUGCCUUCCCUAUGUUCACUGCCAACAACCGAGUGAAGAGGAGACCCUCCCCCUAUGAGAUGGAGAUUACUGAUGGUCCCCACACCAAAGUCGUGCGGCGUAUCUUUACCAACAGCCGGGAGCGGUGGCGGCAGCAGAAUGUGAACGGGGCGUUUGCUGAGCUCCGCAAGCUGAUCCCCACUCAUCCCCCAGACAAGAAGCUCAGCAAGAAUGAGAUCCUCCGCCUGGCCAUGAAGUACAUUAACUUCCUGGCCAAGCUGCUCAAUGACCAGGAGGAGGAGGGCAGCCAGCGGGCCAAGCCUGCUGUGGCAGCUCCUUGGAUGGGGCAGCCAGCCCGGACAGCUACACAGAGGAGCCAGCACCCAAGCACACGGCCCGCAGCCUCCAUCCGGCCAUGCUGCCUACCACUGAUGGAGCCGGCCCGCGGUGAUGGGUCUGGACCACCUGGAUCAGCCAGGAGGAUGCCCUUAGGUCACUGGGAUGGUGGGCUGCAGGGCAGGGGGGAUAAGAAUUGGGCAGCUCUGAAGCAGGGCGAUGGACUUGGUGAACUUUCCUUGAUGUCUGAACUUUGGGAAGCCUUUACUGACCCUGGGGCUGGCUUUUCUGUUUCCUGUCUCAGUGAGAGAACAGAAAAAUGGAGCAAAGUGGUAGGUACUUUUUAUGAAGACGGCACGGUCUUCCCCUUCCCCCAAUCCCUAAUACUUCCCAAGUAGGAGGCUCGAGAGUCACUGCUUUUGGCCUAGAGUUUGGGAGCCCUGUCUUUGCUGAGACCUGGGGUCGUCAACUCUCACCUGAGGCAUCCA